AUGGCAGCAGCAAUGAUCACCGUUGACUUUCUAAACUGCUUCAUCUUGAGCUUCAUAUGCUUCUUCUCGCUCCUUUGUUACUAUCUCUUCUUCAAGAAACCAAAACAUGGCUUCAACUUGCCUCCAAGCCCUCCUUCUCUGCCGAUCAUCGGGCAUCUUCACCUUCUCCUUUCUAUUCUACCACACAAGGCUUUUCAGAAGAUAUCAUCUAGGUACGGACCUCUCCUCCACCUCCGUAUAUUUAAUGUCCCAUUAUGCCUUGUCUCCUCGGCCUCGGUGGCCUACGAGAUCUUCAGGACGCACGACUUGAAUGUCUCAUCCCGUGGUGUCCGUACGUUGGAGAAUUCUCUCUUUUUCGGACAUGAAACAUUCGCAGGCGCUCCCUUCGGAGAUUAUUUCAAGUUCGCGAAGAAGCUCCUGGUCAUGAAUCUGUUGGGUACUCAGGCCCUGGAGCGGUCACGAGGCAUAUGUGCAGAUGAGAUAGAGCGUUUUUACGCGAGGCUGAUGGACAAGGCGAGAAAAAAGGAGAGUGUUGAAAUCGGGAAAGAAGCAAUGGUGCUCACUAACAACAUCAUCUCCAAGUUGCUCAUUGGGAGGAGUUGUUCUGAAGAGAACGGUGAGGCAGAGAAGGUGAGGGAGUCGGUGAUCAAGACAAUGAGCGUGCUAAAGAAAGUUUUCUUUUCCAACAUGUUUGGUAAGACGCUUAAGAAGCUUGGCGUCUCACUCUUCGAGAAGGAAAUUCGAAGAGCCUGCAGCCGGUUCGAUGAACUGCUAGAGAGGCAUCUCAAGGAACACGAAGAGAAACCGGAGAAACAUAGUGUUACAGACAUGAUGGACGUUUUAUUGGCAGCUUCUAGAGAUGAAAACGCAGACUAUAAGAUCACUAAAACCCACAUCAAGUUGUUAAUGGUGGAGCUUUUCCUUGGAGGCACUGACAGCCCUGCGAAGUUAAUACAGUGGGCAAUGGCUGAGAUCAUCAACAAACCAAAUACUCUUGAGAGACUGAGGCAAGAAAUGGAUUCAGUGGUAGGGAAAACAAGGUUGAUUCAAGAAACAGAUCUACCAAGACUUCCCUAUUUGCAAGCAGUGGUUAAGGAAACACUAAGAUUGCACCCACCAGCGCCUCUUUUGAUAAGAAUGUUCGAAGAAGAAUGUAAGGUUGGAGGGUUUUCCAUACCGGAGAAGACAACACUUGUUGUAAACGCCUACGCUGUUAUGAGGGAUCCUAAUGUCUGGCAAGAUCCUGAUGAGUUUAAGCCAGAGAGGUUUCUUGCUGAGCAAGAAGAAGAAAGAGAAAAAGUCCUUAAGUUCAUUCCUUUUGGCAGCGGAAGGAGAGGCUGUCCUGGAGUAAAUCUUGGAUAUAUCUUCGUCGAAAUCGGAGUUGGAAUGAUGGUGCAGUGUUUUGACUGGAUAAUCAAAGGAGAUGAAACUGUUAACAUGGAAGAGACUGUUGCAGGAUUGUCUUUGACCAUGGCUCAUCCCUUAAUCUGCACUCUUCUUCCUCGAACCGACCCUUUGAGUUUUAAUCUCAAGCUUCCUAGUUGAUAAUUUACAAAAUCAAUGAGUUCGAUCAGAGACCUAUAGGGCAUUGGCGUGGGUAAUAAGGAAGCUUGCUCUUCCAUCUCUUUUCAUAGAAUGUUUGUUUCUUUGUUUACUGGUUUACACUUUUUGCUCUUCAAUAUUGUUUGAAAAUUUGAAAAACCAAUGUUGUGACUACUAUUAAUAA